CACGUCCGGAGGAGCGGAAACUCCCCGCGGUAGGUGGGUGAGCCCGGCGGCGCGGCGGCGGCCAAGGGGUCGGGGCCGGCUCUCUCAAGGCAGCUGAUUGGUCGGCCCCCGGCUGCGGCGUUGGCGGCUGCGCGUGGAAUUGUCACCUCGGCCUGGGAAGAUGGAAGAGCUGAGUCAAGCCCUGGCUAGUAGCUUUUCUGUGUCUCAAGAUCUAAACAGCACAGCUGCCCCACACCCCCGCCUGUCCCAGUACAAGUCCAAGUACAGUUCCUUGGAGCAGAGUGAGCGGCGCCACCGGUUACUGGAACUGCAGAAAUCAAAGCGGCUGGAUUAUGUGAACCAUGCCAGAAGACUGGCUGAAGAUGACUGGACAGGGAUGGAGAGUGAGGAAGAAGAAGAAAAGAAAGAUGAUGAGGAAAUGGACAUUGACGCUGGCAAGAAGUUACCAAAACGCUAUGCUAAUCAAUUAAUGCUCUCAGAGUGGUUAAUUGACGUCCCUUCAGAUUUGGGUCAGGAAUGGAUUGUGGUCGUGUGCCCUGUUGGAAAAAGAGCCCUUAUUGUGGCCUCCAGGGGUUCUACCACUGCCUACACCAAGAGUGGCUACUGCGUCAACAGGUUUCCUUCCCUUCUGCCAGGAGGCAAUAGGCGAAACUCAGCAACAACAAAAGACUACUCCAUUCUGGACUGCAUUUACAGUGAGGUGAACCAGACCUACUACGUUCUGGACGUGAUGUGCUGGCGGGGACACCCUUUUUAUGACUGCCAGACUGAUUUCCGAUUCUACUGGAUGCAUUCAAAGUUACCAGAAGAAGGACUGGGAGAGAAAACCAAGCUCAAUCCUUUUAAAUUUGUGGGGCUAAAGAAUUUCCCUUGUACGCCUGAGAGCCUGUGUAAGGUGCUGUCUAUGGAUUUCCCUUUUGAGGUAGAUGGGCUUCUCUUCUACCACAAGCAGACCCACUAUAGCCCUGGAAGCACUCCUCUGGUGGGCUGGCUGCGCCCCUACAUGGUGUCAGAUGUUCUUGGUAUAGCUGUGCCAGCUGGCCUGCUGACUGCCAAGCCAGAAUAUGCUGGGUACCAGCUCCAGCAGAUUAUUGAGCACAAGAGGAGCCAGAAGGAGGGAAUAAAGAAGAUACUCACACACACGCCCUCUGAGAGUGGACGCUAUGAGUUGGAGCACCUGUCUACCCCCAAGCUGAAGAGCCCUGCCCAUAGCCCCAAGCACCCAGGGAGCCUCAUGGAUAACUAGAGAGGGCAGCCUCCUUUGGGAGUCAUAGGAUGGGGGUUGGUCCCAGAAGGAAGGCUGGGGAGGAGGACAGUGAUGAGAACAAGAUUACUUCAUUUUAAAGCAGACUUUCCAAAGCCACUCCAGCUGGAAACAGCUUAUCUCCUAUCUGAAGUGCUGGCUUUAACAGUUGGGGGAGGUUUCCAGAUUGGGUAGUCUUUGGAUUUGAGCAGCAACUCCUGUGAAAAUGUAUAUCAGAUCCACAAUGUAAAUAUAUGUAAUUCUUA